GGCGGAGUAUUCAGUCCAGAGGCGUCGAAGAGAUCAUUCUAACCUGUGCCUCGAAGUGACGCUGGGACGAGAAGCGUGAAAUUCAAGUUGGGAGAGAGUUGGUUCCUUUGAGUGAAAAGAUGACUUUGUUGGUGACAGUAAUGUUGGCGUCGGCGGCGCUGAGCGUCGGGGCGUCGCCGACGUCGCCUCGCUUCGCCCGUGACACCUUCGGAAUUAUCAGCUUCGACAUGGUGUUGCCGGGCGUCCGCGAUGUCCCUCUCGAAGAAGACGCAGAAGCCACCACCACCGAGGCGGCGGCGACGACGACGGCGGCGCCGGCGGAGAUGCUGCGGCUGCCGGGGACCGACGACGUGGUCCCGGUGUUCUUCAUGGAGUCGCUGCCGAUGUUUUCCAAAGCCGACAAGGGCUGGCCCGGGAUGAUGCAGCCGGAGGAGGCGCCGAGUGAGGAGGAGGAGGCGCAGCCAGAAGAGGCGCAGCCAGGAGAGGCGCAGCCAGGAGAGGCGCAGCCAGGAGAGGCGCAGCCAGAAGAGGCGCAGCCAGGAGAGGCGCAGCCAAAGGAGGACGUGGGGAGCGGCGCAGGGAGCCUGCUGUUCUUCCCGACGGAGGGCGCCUCGCCGCCGUCCGCGCCGAAGGCCACGACGGAGGCGUCCGAGAGCAGCGACGGCUUCGUGUUCCCGUCGCACAUCUCGGUGGCGGCGAGCAAGGAGGAGAAGGACGCGGUCCGGGGCAGCGCGCGCGCGGAGGGCGAGUGCGCGCUCAGCCAGGGCCUGGUCAUGGUCAACGGGUCGUGCGAGCGGCUGCUGGCGCGCAACCAUUGCGCCAAGGACGAGUGGCUGUUACUGCGGGAGGGCGCGGCGAAGUGCGAGAAGCGGCCGUGCCCCUGGGGCGAGAUCUUCUUCGAGGACCGCUGCGUGAACCCCAUUGAGCUGUCGGUGUGCGACAGCGGCCAGGUCCUGUACAUCGACUUCAGCGGCCGGUCAGUGUGCGACUGCGACGCGGGGUUCCUGUACGACCCGUGGAGCGGCAACUGCUUCGCGCGCCACGAGAAGGGCUCCUGCAACUUCGGCGAGUACGUCGACGUGUCCGCGAGCGGCAUGGUGGAGUGCGUGCGCAAUCCCUGCAUCUCGAACGGCUACGUGAAGGAGGCGGCGACGGGGCUGUGCUUCCGCAAGAUGUACGGCGGCUUCUGCGAGGACGCCGACCUGCUGUUCCACCGCAGCAACCGCACGGCCGAGUGCCGCAAGGUGUCGCUGCACAACAUCCUGGACGUCCCCGAGCUGCGCGAGUGCCCGGCGGGCUCCAUCAGGGACUACCUGAACGUGUGCCGCGAGACCUUCCACGUGGCAACGCUCACCUCGUACCCCGUGCUGUACGGCGGCUGCCCCGGGGGCUUCGUGCGCGACCCCAGUGGCACCUGCAGGAAGACCAGCAGGCUCUUCGGGGGAUAAGCCGCCCGCGGCCCCAGGCACCCCUCGGCCUGCAGUCACCCGAGGGAAAGAACCUGCAUUCCCGCUGCAUUAUUAUUAUUAUCGUUCCAGUGUUUGUAUUUUUUUCGGAAGCACAUUUUGUAGUUGAAGUCAAACACGUGUUGUAGGUUGACUGGUGCGGCAGCAGUCCCAAGUGUGCGCUGGAAUUGUUUGUAACAAUGAUAGUCCUCCUCGCCCGGUGAAUGUUGUGUGGAAGCGAACAAAGACACUUUUAUUUGUUAUUUUCAGUAUUUGAAAUAUAUAUUCUAUUAAUCUGUGAUACUAGAUAAGUGGUGAUUUAUAUUAAAUAUAAAUGUAUAAUUAAA